AGUUCACCAGGCAGAGUUCACUCGACUUCAGAGCAAGUGGACAGUAACUUUUUCCUUUUCUCUUUAACUCCUGAAGUCUCAGCCCUCUUCAUUGCUCUGAUUGCCCCAAUUACUACUCACAGAAUGGAAUAGGUUAAGAGAUCGAGAUUAAGGGUCGGUGUCGUAGAGGAUCGAUCAAACCAGAGCCUUGUUUUCUCUGUGGAGCUGUGGAUUGGCAUGUCUUCCUUCAGCCGUGACAGUGAAAGUGAUCAGUGUGGCUCUACAGAGGACUUGACUGGUGCAGGUGGUCAGCCGGACGGAGCUGAGUCUCCCGCUCAGCCCAGUGGAGCUGUCAUGCUGCCCAAAGGCGACACGGAAUCUCUAGUACUCGUUCGAUCGCAUGGAGAACAGGGACACAUGCCAAGAAAUAUGCAAGCCCCCCACUAUAAAAUGAUGGACUACUCCUAUGAUGAAGACUUGGAUGAGAUGUGUCCGGUGUGUGGAGACAAGGUUUCUGGAUACCAUUACGGGCUCCUCACAUGUGAAAGCUGCAAGGGCUUCUUCAAGCGCACGGUUCAGAACAACAAACGGUACACAUGCAUAGAGAACCAGACAUGUGCCAUCGACAAGACUCAAAGAAAACGCUGCCCUUAUUGCCGCUUCCAGAAGUGCCUCACUGUUGGCAUGAAGCUGGAAGCUGUGAGGGCGGACCGCAUGCGUGGCGGCCGCAACAAGUUCGGCCCCAUGUACAAGCGCGACCGGGCCCUCAAGCAGCAGAAGAAAGCGCUGAUCCGCGCCAACGGCCUGAAGAUCGAGUCCAUGACCCAGGUGAUGCAGGCGGUGCCCACCGACCUCACCAUCUCCUCGGCCAUCCAGAACAUCCACCAGGCCGCCUCCAAGGGCCUGCCGCUCAGCCACCACGGCCUCCCGCACCACGCCGCCCUGCCCCACACAGACUACGAUCGCAGCCCCUUCGUGACGUCUCCCAUCAGCAUGGCCAUGCCCCCCCACACCGGUUCCCUCCAGGGCUACCAGGCGGCCUACGGCCACUUCCAGAGCACCCGCACCAUCAAGUCCGAGUACCCGGACCCGUACAGCAGCUCGCCCGAGUCCAUCAUGGGUUACAACCCGUACAUGGACGUGUACCAGACGGGCUCGCCGCCCAGCUUCCCACAGCUCAUCGUGGAGCUGCUGAAGUGCGAACCUGACGAGCCCCAGGUGCAGACCAAGAUCCUGGCCUACCUGCAGCAGGAGCAGGCCAGCCGGGGGAAACACGACAAACUCAACACGUUCGGCCUUAUGUGCAAGAUGGCCGACCAGACGCUGUUCUCCAUCGUGGAAUGGGCCCGGAGCAGCAUCUUCUUCCGCGAGCUCAAGGUGGACGACCAAAUGAAGCUCCUCCAGAACUGUUGGAGCGAGCUCCUCAUCCUCGACCACAUUUUCCGUCAGGUGAUGCACGCCAAAGAGGGCUCCAUCCUAUUGGUCACCGGCCAACAGAGGAGCCUGCGAGGGCUGACGCCUGAGGCUCCUGACGAGGCCCUCAACACAGCCUGUGAUUCAUCAGUCAGUAUGUCAACUGGCAGAGAGGGAGAAACGGAUGCUUGCUAUGAAUAUGGCUCGGGAACGCCCGGCACGCCUGUCACGGGAGCCCGCUGCACCAGAGAACACGCCCAGCACCAGAGAACACGCAGCACCAGAGAACACGCAGCACCAGAGAACACGCAGCACCAGAGAACACGCAGCACCAGAGAACAGGCAGCACCAGAGAACACGCAGCACCAGAGAACACGCAGCACCAGAGAACACGCAGCACCAGAGAACACGCAGCACCAGAGAACACGCAGCACCAGAGAACAAGCAGCACAGAGAACAAGCAGCACCAGAGAACAAGCAGCACCAGAGAACAAGCAGCACCAGAGAACAGGCUGA